CUCCUCCCUUCCCCUUCCUCCCUUCCCCUCCCGGCUCCCCGGCCAACUUUGAUGGAGAAGCCCGCACCGCGUGGGAAAGAUGCCGGUGAUGAAAGGCUUACUGGCCCCCCAGAACACCUUCCUCGACACCAUCGCCACUCGCUUCGACGGAACACAUAGCAACUUCAUCCUUGCCAAUGCUCAGGUGGCUAAGGGGUUCCCUAUAGUUUACUGUUCGGAUGGCUUCUGUGAGCUUGCCGGAUUUACGCGAACCGAAGUCAUGCAGAAGAGCUGCAGCUGUAAAUUUCUCUUUGGUAUGGAAACCAAUGAGCAGCUGACUCUUCAGAUUGAAAAGUCACUGGAGGAAAAAGUCGAAUUCAAGGGAGAGAUCAUGUUUUACAAGAAGAACGGGUCUUCAUUUUGGUGCCUAUUGGACAUCGUUCCCAUAAAGAAUGAGAAAGGAGAUGUGGUCCUAUUCCUGGCCUCCUUCAAAGAUAUAACCGAUACAAAGGUGAAGCUUACCCCUGAAGAUAAAAAGGAAGAUAAAUCCAAAGGAAGAGGACGAACGGGAUCCCAUUUUGAUUCAGCCCGGAGACGGAGUCGAGCUGUCCUUUAUCACAUCUCUGGACACCUACAAAGAAGAGAAAAGAACAAAUUGAAAAUCAAUAAUAACGUUUUUGUAGAUAAACCAGCAUUUCCAGAAUACAAAGUUUCAGAUGCAAAAAAGUCCAAAUUCAUCCUUUUGCAUUUUAGCACUUUUAAAGCUGGCUGGGACUGGCUAAUUUUGUUGGCAACGUUUUAUGUUGCCGUGACUGUACCUUACAAUGUUUGCUUCAUUGGCAAUGAUGACCUGUCCACAACUCGAAGCACAACGGUCAGUGACAUUGCAGUGGAAAUCCUUUUUAUCAUAGAUAUUAUUUUAAAUUUUCGAACAACCUACGUCAGCAAGUCUGGCCAAGUUAUAUUUGAAGCAAGAUCUAUUUGUAUCCACUACGUCACUACCUGGUUCAUCAUUGAUUUAAUCGCUGCACUGCCCUUUGACCUCCUUUAUGCUUUCAAUGUCACUGUGGUGUCCCUCGUUCAUCUUCUGAAGACAGUGCGAUUACUGCGACUUUUACGUCUUCUUCAGAAACUGGAUCGUUAUUCGCAGCACAGCACAAUUGUCCUCACUCUGCUCAUGUCUAUGUUUGCAUUGCUUGCUCACUGGAUGGCAUGUAUCUGGUACGUCAUUGGCAAAAUGGAGAGGGAAGAGAACAGUCUCACUUGGGAAGUCGGAUGGCUUCCUGAGCUGGGGAAACGUCUGGAGUCUCCAUACGGCAAUAACACGUUAGGAGGCCCGUCUAUCAGAAGUGCCUACAUUGCUGCCCUGUAUUUCACCCUGAGCAGUCUCACCAGUGUUGGGUUUGGCAAUGUUUCUGCCAAUACGGAUGCAGAAAAGAUAUUCUCCAUUUGCACAAUGCUGAUUGGAGCCCUGAUGCAUGCUUUGGUGUUUGGAAAUGUGACGGCUAUAAUCCAGCGGAUGUACUCCCGUUGGUCCCUUUAUCAUACGAGAACUAAGGAUCUGAAGGACUUUAUACGUGUUCACCACCUGCCCCAGCAACUGAAGCAGAGGAUGCUCGAAUAUUUCCAAACCACCUGGUCGGUCAAUAAUGGAAUAGAUUCCAAUGAGCUUUUAAAAGAUUUUCCGGAUGAACUACGCUCUGACAUCACCAUGCACUUGAAUAAGGAGAUCCUCCAGCUGUCUCUGUUUGAGUGUGCUAGCCGUGGUUGCCUCAGGUCUCUGUCUCUGCAUAUCAAAACCUCCUUCUGUGCUCCUGGAGAGUACCUCCUGCGCCAGGGAGAUGCCUUGCAGGCUAUCUAUUUCGUGUGCUCAGGUUCCAUGGAAGUACUGAAAGAUAGCAUGGUGCUGGCUAUUCUGGGAAAAGGAGAUUUGAUCGGAGCAAACCUAUCAAUUAAGGAUCAAGUUAUUAAAACCAACGCUGAUGUUAAAGCUCUCACCUAUUGUGAUCUCCAGUGCAUCAUCCUCAAGGGCCUCUUUGAAGUGUUAGACCUUUACCCAGAAUAUGCUCACAAAUUUGUGGAAGACAUUCAGCACGAUCUCACCUACAACCUUCGGGAAGGUCACGAAAGCGAUGUAAUAUCAAGAUUAUCCAACAAGUCUACACUAUCCCAGACGGAGCCCAAGGGAAAUGGCAGCAUAAACAAGAGACUCCCAUCCAUUGUGGAAGAUGAAGAGGAAGAGGAAGGGGAAGAGGAGGAGACAGCAUCCCUCUCCCCGAUCCACACCAGAGAUGGGAUCUCCUUCCACAACAAGAAGAUUGGAAGCAAUAAGAGUUACCUUGGGAUAAGCUUGAAACAGUUGACCUCAGGAACAGUACCCUUUCACUCACCAAUCAGAGUCUGCAGCUCAAACCCUGCCAGAACCAGACACGAAACUGAACUCCAUUACCAUAGCAGAAGAGGAGAGAAAAACCUAAAGUUACAUCUUUCGACCCUGAAUAGCAUCAGACCUCCCGACCUCAGUCCAAGGAUUGUUGAUGGGAUUGAAGAUGGAAACCAGAAUGAGGAGAGUCAGACUUUCGACUUUGGAUCCGAGAGAGUCAGGCAGGAGUCCAGGGUAUCACCUCCAGUAGGCGAUGCUGAGAUUGGGGCAGCAGUGCUAUUUAUCAAAGCGGAGGAAACCAAGCAGCAGAUAAGCAAACUCAACAGUGAGGUUACAUCCUUAACCCAAGAGGUCUCACAACUCAGCAAAGAUGUGAAGAGUAUAAUACAUCUUCUGGAAAAUGUAGUGCUGUCCCAGAGAUCGUCGGGAUAUUGCUCAGUGCAUAGCACAUCAGUGUGUCCCUCCAUGGAAAGUUUACAGACCAGAAUGACUUGGACUACGCAUCAGCCUUGUAUGCACAAGCAAGCAGGGAACACUGCUUGCCCCAAAGCACAACUCUGUCAUGGCAACACCAUAUCUGACAUUUGGCAUUUGGAUCCCAGCUCUGUGGGAAGCAGCCCUCAAAGAACUGGAGCCAACGAGCAACACUCUGAGGAUCACAAACUGUAUUACUCUUCGGGCCGUGGCCAUUCCCCGGCCCAUUAUCAGGGCGUUCAGGAAGGUCAUUUGCAGUUUCUAAGAAGUAACCAGGACCUGAAAACUUGCCUGUGGAAUUUCCGACUUGAAGCAAUAAUCUGCACCACUGUUCGUCCCCUCCAACUCACCCUCUGGGAGAGUGCUCUGAACACUGAAAUGGCCCAAAUGCAAGCACAGAGAAGGAACAGAAGAAGAGCGGGGCCUAGACAAUGGACAGUUGACUAGCAGCUAGAUCAAGAUAGAUUUCAUUCUCUUUCUCUCUAGCCCAUUGUAGAUGUUCUGCAAUAUUAUUGUGCUGAGUGUUCUGAUAUUUGAGGGAAGAAGUCCGGUUGGAAUUUUUUCUAGUUAUUUAUAAAAUUCAUUUUCCCAGGGUAAUGAUUUGUUUCUGAUGUUACAGAGUGAGCUAAUUUCUCCUCUUGGUGAAGCCCUAUUGAUUCCAUGGGGAACUACCUCUAAACACAAAACACCCUAAGAAAUGGUACUGUCAUCGAGGCUACAGUUUACACUGGAUGUAGUUACCAAUGGUGACUGGGAGAAAAAAAUCUUAGAAAGUGAGUCUUGCUCAUAACUUUCUUGGUUACUUUCUCCUAUACAGUGAAUCAGUUCCACCUUUCACAUUAGGAGAGACUCGAACUGCCUCUGUUCAUUGUUUAAACUAAGAGUCCAGUUUAGGCACAAAAAAUGCAGUGAUUCCUUCUUACACUGCUCUCCUUCCUCCAUCAGCAUUGUCAAAAAGUAUUGUUAAAUUGCUCCCAGCCGCUUGGGUCUUCAACCCUUCAGAUGUGAAAGCGGGGUACCAUGUAGACCAGAUGUAUAAAUGAUCUGGAUAACAGGCUUAAAAGUGCUCUGGGGCUCCAAUUAAAUACAUAUUUUGGGCCAGAGUAUAUUUUUGAGACCUAAAUGAUCAGAAUCAUUUGCCUAUACAGGUGCAGUCCCUGUAAAUUUUGUGACAUGCCAAGAACAAUCAGUAAGUGAAUGCAAAAAUAGCAAGAAGGGAUUGUACUUGAAAGGUUUUCUCCUUUCUUUCCCAUCCUGGCAUCUCAUUUUCUAUUAAGAUUUAACACCUUAUUCUUCUUAACCUAGUGGGUACAACUUGGGUGCUAUUACCUAGCAAGCAUUUUUGUCAACAAAGAUGAACUUCAGUCAAAGAGAACUAUCUCAACAGAGGGUUAUAGAGUCUGGGAGCUAAGUCAGUAAGUGAAGAGACUCAGAAAGAAAUGUUUGUUUUCUGGCACAGUCAAAAGACCUUUUCCAGCUGUCCUCAUUGCUCCAUCUUAUUGGAAACAAUGAUGAAAUGUCAACUCUUUAAAAGACACCAUCCUUCCUGAAUGUGCCUUUGACAUCAUGUGGAUCGAACUGUUACUGUACACUUAAAGGGUUUGGGAGCAAGAAUUAAAAUGUCAUCCCUUGUAUAUAGCAUGCCGAUGGGAACUUGACCUGUAUAGAAUCCUGGAUAAAUUACAGCAGAUAGGAGCUCCAAAAAUGCACAUCCACAGUAGCAUCAAGGCAGUGGGGGAACACACCAAAGUUCUUUUCCCUGAAUGAUGUGCUCUGAAAGAUAGUGUGGGUACUAAAAGGUCAAACCAAAACAGAGUCUAGGAGCUCUGCCGGUCCUUAUGAGACCAAACCAUCAGUUUUCCCUGUAUCACUCUUCCUAGCUUUUUUGUUAGGGAGAAUGAUGCAGUUGAUACAGCUUGCUUUCUGAUAGAAGAAUGAAAACUCAGCCGGAAGCUGUGUCUGAUGUAUGAUACUCGAGUGGCAAAGGCUAAUAAAGUGGGGAAGCAGUUAUUUUAAAAGUUCGUCUGUGUCGUGGGUUUUUUUGAAAUCAAAAGUCUCUUUUAGUGGGAACCUAGCUGGCUAAAGAGGAAUUAAUUACUUUGGUCAUUUUGUCAGUUUGAGUGGUAAACCUUCAGCCAAAACAGAGCUGCCGUUCCAAAGCCGGAAGGCGAAUCCUCGCUGCCGACCCAGACCCACUGUCAUGUCCUACCUCUGGCCUGGAACUCCCUGCCCCUUCAAAGCUGACAGAAGAUCACUUCUCUUCAUCUUCACAGCCUUAACACCACAUCUCCUCCAAGAGUUGCCCUCCCCAACUAGGCCCUCAGUU